GAUCCGGGCUCUUCACAGCCACCACGCGGGUGUGAGCCUUGUAUAUUUGAUGGACGACUUCACAGAGUUGGCUAUGCGCCGGUCUGGCGAAGAAGAUCCAACCUUUCAUCGCUUGAAAGAGGCUUUUUGGUUUGGCGAGAUAAAGAUUGGAUCCGACCUUCGAUGCCCCCGAGAUGGUCGACUGGGCUGUGCGUUGGUUGAUUGGCUUCCACCAGAACAUCGUCAAAGGCAGACGCAUUUUAUGUCCUGGAGUUGGGCAUAUUUAGUGUCACAACUGCAGAGUGCCAUGAAGAUGUGGAGGAGCUUUCUGGAUUUUCGCGAUUGUUUCUUCUAUAUGGACUUCUUUGUCAACAACCAAUUCCGCAUCAUGGUGGAAGGAUGUGCAACGAGUGGCUCAAGUGACGUUCAACAAGUACUUGAGACAACUCUUCAGCGGAUUGGCCAACUGGUUGCAGUUCUUGACACCUGGAACGAACCCAUCUACUUGCGAAGAGUGUGGACCGUCUACGAGCUCUUUGUCGCUUGCUCCUUGCAAGUACCUGUGACGUUCGUGAUGCCUGAAGAAGCCAGCGUCUCCCUGGAAGAGCAGAUGUCCAGAGGAGAAGCUGGCAUCAGCGAAGUCAACAACUCCCUCUAUCAUAUUGACGUGCGCAAUGCAGUAGCCUAUCACGCAGCAGACGAGGACAUGAUAAAAAUGGCGAUCCUACAAACGGUAGGCUUUGACUAUUUGAACCAGCGAGUGAAGGAAGCCUUGGUCGAGUUCGUUUCAGCUGUGGUCAGAGAGAAGUUCCAACACCUCAGCAAUGAGAAGGUUCAUGUCGCAUUCCUGAGUGGACGAAGUGUACCCUGUGGCCAUUGGCCAGAGCGGCGUGUGAAGGAGUUGAGAGAAGAAGCUGAGUGGAACCUUGGGUCGAAGAUUUGCAAACUCAUCACCAACACCGGCGAGCCAUUGCAAGAGCACUUGACCCUGGAAGAAGCUGGUAUCAACUCCAGGAGCAAUCUCACCGCCGUUGCUUGGGUGCCAACGGAUCCUGACGGUCGCCAUCAUGCAGCACAGGAACCUGCAAGCAGUGCCUCCCAACUUGCGGAAGGCUCUCGGAAAGAGGAAGAGGGUGACAACGCGUACGCGAGGUUGACCGCUGUGUCGGGCUCAACCUGACUGACCCCGCUUUUCCCCAUGCUUUUCCAGCGCGGAAGUGGAUGAGCUUGUUGGUUGAUGUGUAGAGGUCAGUUCUUUCUCAUUUGAUGUAAAUUCAAAUAAACUCAGGUCUUGACAUGGCUUGACAUCUCAGGUCUUGCUCAUGUGUGAAACAUCUCAGGUCAGUCUCUUAUACAUAAAUCAUCAUAAAUCAAGGACUUCUUUGCUUUGAAGUUUUUACAUUUCUUGAGUAUGAAUUCUGAAUGCUUACAAUGUUUUGCUGUUCCUGACCCUUUGAGUCCAGCCCAUUCUGUCAGUUUGUUUGUUUGUUUGUUUGUGGGAGUCACUGUUUAAGAACUGAGCAUAAACCAAAUUGGGUGUGAUGAGUGAUGAAUUAUUGUUUGUUUUUUUGCAUCCUCUUCCCACCUGUCCAGCCAAGUCUCAACUCUUUGGGAUGCCAUUUGCGCAAGAUUGAUUGGGAUCAUGCUUGAGCCACAUGUGCAAAACCACAGGUUUUAUUACACAUACUCCUGGGCACUGCGAUGCAGUACGUCCAUUUCUGACAGAACCCAUGGAACGAAGAGGCCAGGUUUUGGACUAACUACUUUCCCACUAAUUGUGCAGCAAGUGGGAAGGAUGUUCAUCUCCCUUUUUCCCGUGCCAGCCACUUGUUUGAUGCAAGCUGAGAAGCAGUCAUGAACAUAUCCAUGUUGAUUCAUGAGCAAACCAAUUGAUCAGCAUCAUAGUUCGUGCUAGCCUCUACCAUCAUCAUAGAUAGUCGAAUCACUACAUAGACCAGUACCAGGUCGCUGUACAAUAUUGUUCAACAGUUUGUCAUCACGAUUCAUUGUAAAAUCGUCCUACCCCAAAUUGGAUCGUUUUGACUGAUGGAAGUCUAACCCCCAAUUUUGAGCUCAUUUAGGCAACGGUCAGGGCAUGGACGAGUUCACGGUUCGGCACGCGGAUGGCGGAGCGAACGAAUGCUGAGGCGGUUGAAUUGGAUGAAGAAAUGGGACAGAUGAUUGUGCCGUUUCAUGAAUCGGAGGCCGACUUUGAACAUCUUUUCC